AUGGCGGUCACUGCCACUCUAUCAAUACGUGAUAUCCCUUUCAUCACUUUUUCUGCUGCCAACGACGCCGCCACUCUCCUGUUUGAGCUCAUCCAGGCGAAGGCGUCACCGCCAAAUCUUGCCAGUGACGAAAAUUCCAUCGGAUUUCAAUUAUCACUGCCCUUAUUAGCCGAUGAUCCUAAUUCCGGCGACGGUGGCUUGGGCUCGAAUCAUUUAGGAUGGGAGAUUGGUGCAGGCACACCGCCAGUUAUGCUGGACAAAGGGCUGCGUCGUGACGAUCCGCCCGUGCUUCUUUGCCCUCCCGGCGCAACACCAGCUUCAAAGGCUGUUCGUAAAUACAUCAAAGACGUUCAUGCCAGUAUCUACCUUCACCAGAACACAGGUGUACUCAUGCUCAAAGCACUCUGUGAUCGACCAAUCAUCUACGAGCAAGGCGACAUGCACGAUAAUGACCUGGAACUUCGCCUAGAUGAAUGGGGCAACAGCACAACGUGUGUUUUGCGGAGAGAGCGCAACUACAUUCGUAUAGGCCCAUACCGCUUUCUUAUAAAGUUCAACGCACAAAGUCCGGAGACUAACCACAGGUUUAUUACGCAUAUGAAUGAAAAAUUAAAAAGUGAAUAUCACGGUCUAGUCCGUUCGCGUCUGUUUAACUUUAUCCCAAUGGGUCUUCCAUAUACCAGAACCAGAUGGAACAUAUGGCUUCAUCAGCAAAUUCCGACAACUGAGAUUACCACCGGCGUCAACAUUUACACUGGACAACCUGUUGCUAUCAAGAAACUGCGCAAUAAAGACACAAUUAUAAAUCAGCUGCAGAUGGCCCUCCAGAUUAAAGACAAGCAAAAGAACGGGAUACUUGGCAUUAUCGAUGUCUGGUGCGAUCACCAGACUUCUCCUCCAUGCUUUUUUCAUUUGCAGGGUUCUAAUCGACACGCGGAGUGUCGUUAUACCUAUUAUUCGAUGCCGCUGGCCUCAUACAACUUCAUGGACCUUCCUUGGUCUAAGUUGGAAGUUGAUAAGCGCCUUCUCUAUCUACAUCAGACGCUAUCAGCCCUUGCCGAGCUGCAUAACCAACAACUCGUCCAUGGGAACAUUCAGCCUGGGUCCCUCCUCAUUAUGGGUGACGAAUUACGCCUGGACUCUGAAACUCUUUCGACACAAAAAGUCGUCCUAUCCCUCUCCAUGAGGCGGAUAGAGAAGAUGGUGUCUAGUGGGGCGAAUAUCUGUGUCGCACCUGAGGUAUGGCAGAACGGGGGGGCAACAACAGACCUGGACGGGACAAAACUCGACAUCUGGGCAAUAGCCUCUUCAUGGAUAUAUGCGUUUGGAAAACCACCUAAUUGGAAAAUCGCCACAAAAGAUAACCACAAGUGGCUUCAGGAUCAAGUGAAAAGGCUUUCUAAGUUGACGCCAUUUAUCGAUCUUUUGCACAAAAUGUUGGCUUGGGAGCCACAAGAUAGACCAACCGUGGCCGAAGCUCUUGCAAGCGAUGCCUGGCAUUUAGUCCAGACAAUGAAACAUGAGAUGGAGGACCAGAAGACGCAGAAGCGGAAGGCCGAGAUGCAGUCAGACGGGGUAAGAACUCUACAAACCGAAACAGCAACGCCAGAGGACAAGAUAAAUUUUCCCCUGCAAAGGGAAUGA